CGCUACUCUUAUGAAUAUUAUUGGAUUAUAUAAAUCUCCUAGGUUUCAAUUUCAACUAUCCUAGUCAAGUCUAGAUCUAGACGAAGAAUAUUUUCUACUUCAACACGUUUCGAUAAGUUAGGCACACACGCUUUAUCUAUGAUAUUGCUAAUUGGAGCCCCGUCUGUUGGGAAAACACUGCUUUUAAAACGAUUACAAAAUACAAAUCCUACAACACUCAAGGAUGAUGUUCCUGCAACCAUACCCACUGUUGGGACCAAUUUGAUGACAGUCAAUGCUAUGAAAAAAGUGGAGGUAACUGUCAGGGAAGUGGGCGGAGCUAUGGGCCCAAUAUGGCAGAAUUAUUUCAAAGACUCCCACUCUCUUAUGUUCAUGCUGGACAUUUCUAAACACACUCAAGUAGCCAUUUCAUGUGUCCAGUUGAUGACCAUUCUUGCAGACCCCGCUUUACAGAAUAUUCCAGUUCUUUUGAUUCUCAAUAAGAUGGAUAUUCCAGGGGGGAUCAGCCACUCUGAGCUGGACAGUCUUGUCAGACUCAGUGACCUGGUCAGGCACGCAUCACAGAAAAUCACAGUUCUGGAAACCAGUGCUAAAAAUGGCAACAACUUGGACAAAGUUGCCAAGUGGAUUUAUGAACAAAAUAAGCUGGAUGAGGCUGUAAUAACAUAAUAUAAAACACAACAUUUUUGUAUUAGUUUUUUUUAUUCAUCUCCAUAUAAUAUGAAUACACCUCAUGUAUAAACAUUAUGAUAGACUUUUCAAAAUAGUAUACCAAAUUUGAUACAGUAUCAAUUAACAUUUAAAAAAUAAUUAGUUAUUAAUGUUUGAAUAGAUUUAUAGAAUAUACAUAACAAAAAAUGUUUAAAUAGGUUUUAUAAGAUAUCUAUAGCAAGAUUUCCUACUAGUGAACACAUGUUGAGCCAAAUGAGAAACACAAUAUUCAGGGGUUACUGUUUGUUAUUACAGGAAGAUUGGGGGAAUAAAAAGGAAGA